UGGGAGGCCCUGGCUCAAGAAGUAGGGAAAAGGUAAAUUAAAAGUAGGAAACCAAGUUAAAGGGGAAGAAUUUGAUUCUAGCAUGGUGGCAAGCCUUAGAAGAAAGAAAAGCAGCCUGAUCUGAAGUCAUCAUCUUUCUCCAACCAGCUCUGGUCUUUUUUAUUUGUUUGGUCGCUUACAGUGAAGGAGAGGAUAGAUUUCAUAGAAUCAGAGAGAGCAGAGAGAGCCAAGGGAGAGUGGACUCUGGAAAUAAUCCUCAAGGGGACUGACCAAGAGAAAUCAGUGUAUGCAGACUUUUCUUAAUCAUUAUUGUCAUAAUAGGCUCCCCUGUGAUUUUCCUAGAGUCAGUCUUAGAAUCAACAAAAAUUUUAAAACAACAACAACAAUAACAACUUCAUGGAAGAAGUCAAUUACUAAAACGCUGGGACCAAGUUAUAGGACUGUCCAUGCUAAUUCACCCAAGCCAAAACAAAGACGGAAAUCACGAUGUCCCACUUGAUAAUCCUUGGCCAAUUCCCUUUUCCUGCUCAGAAUACCCUGCUCAUCAAUCCUACCUAAAGUAUUCAAGGGCAUAGAGGCCUAAGUACCAUUUCUUGGUCUUUUUUCUAAUCAGAGUAAAGGCAGAGUCACCACUAUAUUCGGUUGACUCAAAGUGGGUGCUACCUAAAAAGGGAGACACCAAUUAAAAGCUGGGUGAGGGUGCUAUUUAUUUUAUGUUUUUAACUGGCAAGGAGGGAGAAAGUGAGGGUUCUUGGUAAGGACAAAAGAAAGCUGAGCAAAAGGAGGGGGACAGGAAGAUCCACAAGAAGACAAAGAGGAAGAGUGGACAAUGGCCUUUCUGAAGGAAUUAUUUAAAGCAAAGAAUCUGCUGCUGGUCAUCUUUAUACCACUUCUGCUGUUGCCUCUACCAAUUCUACACCCCAACAGCGAGGCUGCGUGUGCCUACGUCCUGAUCGUGACGGCUGUAUACUGGGUGUCAGAAGCAGUCCCCCUCGGAGCUGCAGCCCUCGUGCCUGCCUUCCUCUACCCCCUUUUGGGAGUCCUUCGAUCCAGUGAGGUGGCUGCAGAAUAUUUCAAGAACACCACCUUGCUGCUGGUGGGAGUCAUCUGUGUGGCAGCGGCAGUGGAGAAAUGGAACCUGCACAAACGGAUUGCCCUGCGAAUGGUCAUGAUGGCAGGAGCCAAGCCUGGCAUGCUGCUGCUGUGUUUCAUGUGCUGUACCACCCUUCUGUCCAUGUGGCUCUCCAACACUUCCACCACGGCCAUGGUGAUGCCGAUCGUGGAGGCCGUGCUGCAGGAGUUGGUCAGUGCCGAAGAAGAGCAGGUCAUGGCGGCCCCUGGCAACUCCAGCAGUGAAGAAACUGAGCCAAUCAGUCUUCAUGAAAAAAAUGGACCCCCUUCUCUGGAGCUCAUUUUUGUCAAUGAAGACUCAUCAGCUCCAGAUUUCCCUUCUCUGAUGCAGGGCAAGAACCUGAAUGGCGUACCCAUGAUCUCCAACUCUAUCCAGUCUGUGAAACCUCAGAGCAAGAGGCAGUGCUCGCCUCAGGAACGGCUAUUAGUCCUACCCCCUGGGAACCUGGAGCUGAGCGGCAAGUACAGGUCCCAGCAUGAUCACAUGGUCUGCAAGUGCCUCUCCCUGAGCAUCUCUUACGCCGCCACCAUUGGGGGCCUGACCACCAUCAUUGGCACAUCCACCAGCCUCAUCUUCCUGGAACACUUCAACAACCAAUACCCGAAUGCUGAGGUGGUGAACUUUGGAACCUGGUUCCUUUUUAGCUUUCCCAUCUCCCUCAUCAUGCUGGUGGUGAGCUGGUUUUGGAUGCACUGGCUAUUCCUGGGUUGCAAUUUUAAAGAGACCUGCUCCCUGAGUAAAAAGAAGAAGACAAAAAGAGAAGAGUUGUCAGAAAGGAGGAUUCAAGCAGAAUAUGAGAAACUGGGAGACAUUAGCUACCCUGAAAUGGUGACUGGAUUCUUCUUCAUCCUGAUGACUCUGCUGUGGUUUACCCGGGAGCCUGGUUUUGUCCCUGGCUGGGAUUCAUUCUUUGAGAAGAAAGGCUACCGUACAGACGCUACUGUCUCUGUCUUCCUUGGUUUCCUUCUCUUCCUAAUCCCAGCUAAGAAACCCUGUUUUGGAAAAAAAGAUGAAGAUUCAGGAGAAAGCAGAGAAGAUUCAAUGGAAAUGGAACCUAUCAUUACAUGGAAGGACUUUCAGAAGACUAUGCCCUGGGAAAUUGUCAUUCUGGUGGGUGGAGGUUAUGCUCUAGCAUCUGGAAGCAAGUCCUCCGGGCUGUCCACAUGGAUUGGGCACCAGAUGUUAUCCCUGAGUAGCCUCCCACCAUGGGCAGUCACCCUGCUGGCGUGCAUCUUAGUGUCCGUGGUCACUGAGUUUGUUAGCAACCCUGCCACCAUCACCAUCUUCCUGCCGAUCCUCUGCAGCUUGUCUGAAACUCUUCAUAUUAACCCACUCUACACCCUGAUCCCUGUGACCAUGUGCAUCUCCUUUGCCGUUAUGCUGCCAGUGGGUAAUCCCCCGAAUGCUAUUGUCUUCAGCUAUGGCCACUGCCAGAUCAAAGAUAUGUCUGGGCUAAAGUCAGUAACACCACCCAUCAGGCCUAGCACCUGCGGACAGACUCAGCGGACCAGAGUGAGUGCAUGGAAGAGUCCAAACAGCAAGCUAAGGAGACCGGCGUGUGCAACAACCCUGGAGCCAAACAAUCUGAAGGCCUCCUUUCUAUGAAGGCCAGUCACCAGCGAGACGGGAAAAUGCAGCAACUGGAAGGACAGACGUGAUUUUCCAUUGACUUCUUUCCUGUCUGUCAUACAGGAGUCACUAAGAAAGGACUUCUGAAUUUUUCUCAUUCCUUUCUAUUCAUUGGCUUUAGAUAUUCUUCUUAAAACAGAGAUGUGGUUUUAUGUAGGACCUUCUAGAAGAAAAGAAUUUCUCACUUUUCAAAGCCAGCACAUCUAAGGAAAAGGGCUGGUCUUUGCAGUGCAAACCCUGCCCUGUGUGUUAAGAGCAGCCUCUUGGUGCAUUCCACAUGCUGAGCUCUUGGCCUGCAAGGACUGACUUAACCCUUGCAGUACUGUAGCAUUACAUGUCACCGAUGGGGGGGAGGAGUUAGGGAGUCAAAUUACCAGGUAGAUAAGCACCGAAGAUAAAACAAUGCUGACUAAUCCAGGUGCCUCUCCUAGAUUCUAAAAGACAACCUUAGACUCAUUCCAAAUAUUCGAUUGUCCUAACUCCAGCCAAGGAGAACCUCUCCACCUCUGGAUCACCUUUGUUAUCCAUAGCAUUUCUCUGAAGGAAUAGCACUAAGGCGAAAAAAAAAAGAAUGCUUUCCUUUUCAGAUAGGCCUAUACGAUAUUCUUUCUCAAUAGAAGUACUCAGAAUUAAUAAGAUUUAGAGCUGGGAAGGGUUUAGUCUGGCCUUUUUAUUUUACAGAUAAGGAAAUUAAAAACUGAGGCCCAGAGAAAGAAACUCUCCUAAAGUUACACAAGCAAAAGUAGGGCUUCUGAGUCUAAAUCCAGCAUCUCCACUAUGCCAAAAUGGAAAAGAGAAAAAAGACUAAAUAACAAGGAGUUUGGGCACUCCCCUCUGUUGUCUCUAGCUUCAUUACUACAAAUAUGUUCUCAAUGACUAGAGAGAGAAAAAACAACUUUUUAUUACUAUUUUAUCAGAAGGAUAAAAACUAUACAUAAGCCAGUAAAGCUUCUAAAUGCAUUGUUUUACUCAAACCCCACCUAGAGCUAGAAGGGACCACAGGAAACUAUGAAGAAAAAACUUUUGUCAUUUCCUUUAAUAAUAGGUAGAUGCUAGAAGAUAUAAACUAGGACUUCUUAAACUUCUUCCACUUGUGACCUUUUCACCCAAGAAAUCUUAUAUAUUGGUCUAUAAAAUAGGUAUAAAAUCAAAUUUUACUGGUAUUAAAUCAUAAUUUCACAAUCCCUGCGUUCAAUUACAUGACUCCAUAUGGGUCACAGUUUAAGCAGCCUUAGAAUAGACUGAGGAAUCAUUGUCAUCCCUAGCAGACUACAAGGCCUUAUGGGGCAAAAAUGAUCUUUUUUAUUUUCCCAAGUACUUUAGCACAUUACCCUGUACUCAGUAAGCAUCCAGUAAAUGUUUGUGGCUAAUGAAUAUAAGCUUUUCUUCAUCUCAAUGAGAACUAGCCUAUUUCUUUCAUCGUUUUCUACGACUAAAAGAAUGCUCAUUAUUUCAAUAGUUCACCAGCAUCACAUAUUUCUGAUCACUGAUGUCAGUUAUUUGUCUUUGAAAUAAUCCCUUGUAGUCAUCUGCACCUAUUUUAAUUAGCUUCAAGUUCCUUAUUAGCAUGUUUGACCCCUCCCACAUGGACACAAAUAAAAUCAAUUAUUUAGCUUC